AUGGUCGUCGACGAAUCAAUUGUGAUCAGAGAAGUUUGGUCAGAAAACUUGGAAUCCGAAUUCGAGCUCAUCAGAGAGUGCAUCGAUCAGUACCCCUAUAUCUCCAUGGACACAGAGUUCCCCGGCGUCAUCUUCAAACCCCAGGUGGACCCCACAACUCGCCGGCACAACUACCACCUACGACCCGCCGAUCACUACAAGGUUCUGAAGUCAAACGUCGACGCUUUGAACCUGAUCCAGCUCGGCCUCACUCUCUCCGACGAAAACGGCAACCUCCCCGGUGGGUCCCAACGCUUCAUCUGGCAGUUCAACUUCAAGGACUUCGACGUGGACCGUGAUCCCCACGCGCCUGACUCGAUUGAUUUGUUGAAACGCCACGGCAUCGACUUUGAACGCAACCUAGUCGACGGGAUUGACUCGGCGCGUUUCGCUGAGUUCAUGAUGUCAUCGGGGCUGGUCUGCAAUGACUCAGUGAGUUGGGUGACGUUUCAUAGCGCCUACGAUUUCGGGUACCUGGUCAAAAUUCUCACGAGCCGGGACUUGCCGAGUGGGCUAGAGGACUUUUUGGGAGUUCUCAGGGCGUUUUUCGGAAAUAAAGUUUAUGAUGUCAAGCAUCUGAUGAGGUUCUGUGCUAGCUUGUAUGGGGGGUUGGACCGGGUUGCUAAGAUGCUUGAGGUGGACCGGGUGGUUGGGAAGUGCCACCAAGCCGGUUCGGAUAGUUUGCUGACGUGGCAUGCCUUCUUGAAGAUGAAGGAUGUGUAUUUUGUCAAUGAUGGGCCGGAGAAACAUGCCGGUGUAUUGUAUGGAUUAGAGGUUUUCUAA